AUGCCGAUCAUUCCAGGUGACAACGAUCAGGCUAUCAAAGCCAGCCUGCAGCAAGGCAAAGAGGCCGCCGAUGCGAAGAAGCAGGAUGGCAACGUCGCUUCAAUCAACGAUCACAAGGCCAACUUGGGUCCCCAGAUGGCUGAGAACUUGGGAGAGCCUGCCAGCAAGGAAGAGCUCAAGAAGCGUGCUGAAGAGUUGAACAAGUAA